UGAACUAACAACGGCCAUGUUUGAUAUUCGUUUCCUUGGCUGACCUUUUUCCUCUUUGCAGCGACUCUUCUUUGGAUCCGAGGAAUUAUCUGGCGCGGCCGGCCCUCAAGGAGCAUAAUAAUCGGACUAGGAAACUCCAGAAAUCAGGAUGAAUCAUGACUUGAACAGUGUUUGCCGCACUUGCGCCGGCUUCAGCACCAACCUUUUGCCUAUUUUCGGUCAUGAUGGCAUGGAAAAGAAACUCGCAGAAAAAAUCAACCAAAACUUGCCAAUCUCAGUUUAUGAAAACGAUUUGCUGCCCAUAAAAAUUUGUUCGAGGUGCAUAUUUAGUCUUGAAGCCAGUAUUGAAUUCAAAAAUAUCUGCCAAAAAGCUGAAGAAACCCUGAAAAACAUUUUAGCAGAGCAGCAGCCACCUGAUGUUCUCACUGAAAUUCCUAUGCUGCCAGAUGUUGAGAUGGCCGACACAACUGUCAGUAACAACCAAUGGAUCAAACAAGAAAACGUUCCAAUAUGCAAUGCUGCAGGCUUAAGCUUCACGGACAACAACACCUUCACCAUUCACACCCAGCAAUUAGAAACACCGAAAACUGAGUUAAUAUUGCCAGAUAUUGCCCCAGUCGAGACUGUGUUCUACAAUGAGGUGGAGAUUACCAAGAAAAAGCGCACGCGGCCUAUCAUGCCGAAAAUAAUGCCGAUCCCCAUCGCCAACCUCAUGGCGCCGUCGAUGACCAUCAUAACGACUGGCGGGCCAAACAUGACAAAGCAACAACUUCUACCGGUCAUCAAACUUUCCACGUCGCAGAGGCAGAAGUCGGCCAUGGAGCAGUUGAUGACGGAUAAAGUAAUUCCUGUGAAGAACGUGAGACAGAUUCUGCAGAGGAGGCAGCUGAAUAUACCAAGCAGCCUGAUCGACAGGACUGAAUUAGGAAACAAGUCGAUUGUGUUUGGCAGCGAAGAAGAGGGCAUGAACGUUGAAGUUUUUAUCCCGGACGCGCCUUUGGGGAGCACCGACGACCCUAUGGAGACCGUGCCCAUAUGCGUCGACGUCACGGAACACCCGUUCCUCUGCGAAAACUGCGGCAAGGGCUUCAGGAACAAAGCACUCCUGAAGGACCACAUCAUCCGCAAGUACAUCGCCACCAACCCGGAGGAAUUUGAGUUCCCGUGCGAGGAGUGCGGAAAGACGUUCCCGACUAGUUAUAGCCUGAAGGCCCACUUGCGCAAUAAGAGGGCGCAGACUGUCAAGGUGCAGUGCGAGAUCUGCUCGCAGGAGGUCUUGAAGAAAAACUGGCCCACGCAUUUCGCGCGGCACAACCAAGACGAGCGCUUCAAGUGCUUAAUUUGUAAUCAGACAUUCGCUAGCAAUGCUCAACUGAAGCAGCACUCAAGCGUGCACUCCUCUUCCAAAUUCCCAUGCGAGUUUUGCGGCACCACCUUUAACCGAAAGUCGAACCUAACUCUGCACAGGAAAAUCCACACAGAGCCAGAAGCACUGGCGCACCAAGUUAAAUGCGAUAUUUGCAACUACCAGAGUAACGAUCGCUACUACAUGAUGCACCAUCACAAGGUCCACUUCAGCGCCACCCUCAAUGCGUACACUUGCCCAGUUUUGACUUGCAACUUUACCUUCCAAAAUUUCGAUCAAUUGAGGUUACACUGCGCUCAGUCGCACUGCCGCGAGGAGCUGAGUUUGUACACGAAGCGCAAGAAAAGAACGCAGCGCGUAUCCAAAGUGCUGAUCGCGCCGUACCUGUGCAAACUCUGCUCAUCGGUUUUCAACAGGCCGAUUGAGUACAGCUCGCACAUUAGUCAGGAACACGGCGUGCAACUCAUGGCCGGGCAUGCCAUCUUCACGUGCAACCACUGCAAGGACUGCUACGGUUCGCUGGUGGACCUAAACGAGCACCUUGAGUGCCACAUUGAAGCUCACAAAUAUCCGUGCUCCAAGUGCACCGAGACAUUCGCAGUGUUCAACAACAGAAACCAACAUUUGGCAUCGGUUCACAGUACCAAGUUUGAGUGUGAAAUCUGCAAUAUGUCUUUCAUGACUGUGUUCAAACUAAAGGAGCACAUGCCUUCCCACUCAGACAUCAAACCGUUCACAUGCAAGAUCUGCGGAAAGGGCUUCAAGCGGAAACGCACACUGGGAGAGCACCAGAAAGUGCAUUCGGACGUGAAAAAGUUUGAGUGCGAGCAUUGCCAUGCUAAGUUCCGGUGGAAAGGAGACUUGGUCAGGCACGCGACCCGCCACACUGGAAUCAACUUGUACCACUGCAGUGAGUGCGAGUUUUCGAGUAACAAGAGAAAAGAGGUGGAGGCCCAUAUUUCCGAAAACCAUUCCGUCAUCGUUGACAUGCAAGUUUGAUAACGCCACUCAUUUCCAUUUUGUAAUAAAUCGCUUUGAAUUCAAAAUUCAAAUUAACCAUAUAGUUAA